AUGGUGCUCUUCACUCAUAUCGCCGGAGGAUCGGCUCCGUCCUCCAUAGUCGUCUGUGUGGCGCUAUUACUACUCGCAUGCCUACAGACCGUCGUCGCCGAGAUCGAUUCGGUCUUCAAAUCUCGACCCGAUCUCUAUCCCCCAGUCCUUACUUUGGAACAUAGAGUUCCCGACAAGCUUAGUCCGGGUUACAUCUUUGUCGGCCCGUACGAAGCGUCCAAUUCCGGCCCGUAUAUCUAUGAUGAUGAGGGGGGAAAGGAUCACUUGUGUUUCUUCCAGGGUGUUCAGCAGAAUGGGUAUUGCCGAGGUCAUGGGGUCAUCAUGGAUGACCACUAUCGCAUCGUUCGAACCGUGGUUCCCGGAGGCGGCAUGGCAUCCAGCGAUAUGCACGAAUUUAUGCCUAUCAAUGACGGCAAGACUGCCUUGAUGACAGUGUACCAGCAGCGACAGUUCGACAUGUCCCCGUGGAACGUCAAGUCCGGCAUGGGAUGGGUGAUGGAGAGUAUCUUCCAGGAGGUGGAUGUGGAGACCAACGAAGUUCUGUUCGAGUGGAAGUCCCUCGACCACGUCGACCCUUCGGACGCCUACACCUGGCCGAGUCACACGGAUACGUCGGGCACUGGGCUGGACCCGCGCUCGCCCUGGGAUUACUUCCAUAUCAACUCGAUCGAUAAGAACGCUGACGGCGAUUAUUUGAUCUCCUCGCGCCACACGUGCGCGAUCUACAAGAUCUCCGGCAAGGAUGGAUCCAUCAUCUGGCGGUUGCAUGGGGCGCAUCCCACGUUCAAGAACAUCAACUUCAGUUUCUCGCAGCAGCACGAUGCGCGGUGGCUUGGUGAAAACUCCACCCACACUUUGCUGUCUCUGUAUAACAACGGGUUCAAUGGGUUCAACCGCACCCAUGACUUCUCCUCGGGCAUGAUUAUCCUUAUCGACCACCAGGACAACACCGCCACCCAGCUCCACGACUACUCCCCUCCCGGCAAGACCAUGAUCAGCUCCAGUCAGGGUAACAUGCAGGUCCUUCCGAACAAGAACGUAUUCAUUGGGUGGGGUAACAACGCCUAUGUUUCCGAACAUGACGAAGAAGGCAACGUGCUGCUCUGGGGUUAUAUCGACAAGGAUCGCAUCAUGAACUACCGGGCGCAAAAGUUCGAGUGGGAUGGAAUGCCUACCGACGUGCCGGCGCUGUGGACGUACUCGCAAUCCAUCGACACCUUCUCCCCGACGACGUUCUAUGUCAGCUGGAACGGAGCUACGCGGGUGAAGUACUGGCGGUUCUACGGCGCGACCAACUCGACCGGCCCGUAUAUGCUCAUCAAGCAGGUUGAGAAGAGGGGAUUCGAGACGAGCUACUCAGCACCACACUUCUACCGAUGGACCUACGCGGAGGCGGUGGAUGUGGAGGGCAAGGUUCUGGGCAAGUCGCGCAGCAUGUUUACCUUCACGCCGUCGCCCGAUCUGCAGGGCCACUGUGGUAGGGAAUCAUGUGAGAAUGCGCAGACGUAUGGAAUGCCUGGCGAGGAGGGCGCUGGACCUGUGAUUCCCCCAGCGGGUAUCAACACCGUCCCUUGGGUCGAUCCUGGUCACCCCGAUGCGCACUUCGAUUGGGGUCAGACCGGGGAUGAUUCGGAGGACAGUGAGAGCGGGAAGAGUAACCCCGCUGACUAUCGUAAUCUAGAUAACAACGUGGGAUGGAUCGCCCCGGUCUUCGGCUUUGUCGUUGCCAUCGUGGCUAUCUAUACCAUUAUGCGGAUAUACCGGCGCCAGCAGCAAUUUAGCCGGGUGAAGGAGAGGGCAUCGACGGAGAGUGUAGAUAGGGUCGAGAGGUCCAAGCCCUGGACGGAAUCGGAGACCCCGUGCCGGGGAAGAGAUGGGUUUAGUUUACUAUUUAGUUUACUACAGUGGAAGUAUCAUCCUCGUAACUCUCCAAUGCCUGCGCCAAAAUCCGGCUCUCAAGGAACCGCCGGGCGUCCGUCGUUACCCUCUUUAUCGCUUUCCUCCACCACCCCUUCCUCGGCCAUCUCUACUCCAGCGGCCACUCCCAACCCCCUCUCGGCCACCUCCUCCUCCUUCGCCCAAUCCUCCAAGAGCCGGAAUGCUCGUCAUACCCGAGCUACUUCCUGGACAUCCGGUCACGAUCAAGGCGGCGAACCCGACCCCGCGGACUUAACCUCUUCUCAACAACGUCGUCGCAGAGAAUCCAACAUCUCAUUAGCCGACGUCUCUGAGGGCUCUUCCGGCCGCUACGACGACGAUUCCGACGACCAUCGCUCGCACGCCGACAUGGCCAUGAGAAACACCUCCUUCGACUGGGGUCCUGGACACGCUCGCAGCCGCUCCCAUUCCUACAGCCAGCCACAAAUGUCGCUUUUACAACCUCAAGAACUGGCCGACUCGUCGGCUCCCCGGCCUCGUCCAGCACCGGUAACAUGGAUGUCCCUUCCGCGCAAAGGGCAGCUGGCUCUCUUGGGUCUCUGCCGUGUCUUCGACUUCCUUCAGAUUGCCUCCCUGCAGGCGUACAUGUUCUACCAACUGAAAUCCUUCGAUGAGAACCUCUCCGACGCCGAUGUCUCCACCCAGGCCGGUAUCCUCCAGGGUGCCUUUACCGCCGCGCAGUUUGCGACAGCCAUCCCUUGGGGCCGUGUGGCCGAUGCAGAAUGGGGUGGUCGGAAAUUCGUCUUGCUGGUUGGUCUUAUCGGUACCGCACUGUCCUGUCUGGGUGUUGCCUAUUCGACGUCUUUCGCGCAGGCCGUGUUCUGGCGUUCGUUUGGCGGUGCCAUCAACGGAACAGUGGGUAUUAUUCGGACCAUGAUUGCGGAGAAUGUCAAGGAGAAGAAAUACCACUCGCGCGCGUUCCUGAUUCUGCCUAUCGGGUUUAAUGUCGCUGCGCUGUUCGGACCGGUGAUGGGUGGUAUGCUGGCUGAUCCGGUCAAGGCUUAUCCUCGACUCUUCGGUCCUGACUCUUCUUUUGGAGGCGCCGACGGUGUGCAGUGGCUUAUUCGCUACCCGUAUGCGCUGCCCAUGCUGGCAAAUGCCAUUUUCCUGACGUUUGCUGCGGUCUGUGUCGCCAUCGGUCUUGAAGAGACUCUGGAAGCUUGCAAGGGCAAGCCCGGUCUGGGCGUGUUCUCGAUGCGCAUCUUUGCUCGCGGCAUUCGGGCAGUGGUUCCCUCGAACUCUCCAUUGUACCAGAGACUGCCGUUCGCGGACUACGACGAGGCUGGUCCUCUGCUGAACCGCAGAGACCCGGCCGAAAGUUACGAGAUGGAAGAGAAGGCGACCAAGACAAGCCGCCAGGCUCGCACCUUGCCUUUCCGCCGGAUCUGGACCAAGAACGUGCUGUGCACGCUGUUGGCGCAGGCGUUCUUUGACUUUCAGAUGGGUGCUUUCAACAACCUCUGGUUGCUUUUCCUCUCUACUCCGCGUUAUGAUGCCAACGACCCGGCCAGCCCGGUCCAGAGACUGCCCUUCAUCUUCACUGGCGGUUUGGGUAUGCUGCCGCAAAGUGUUGGUUUCGCUACUGCCAUUCUCGGCGUGAUUGGAAUGCUCCUCCAGUUCACCAUCUACCCCAGUAUCAACAACCGUCUGGGUACGGCCAAGAGUUACCAGUACUUCUUGACCCUCUUCCCUCUGGCGUAUGCAUUCGCGCCGUACAUUGCUCUGGCUCCGUCGUCCGCACCCCCGCCGGGCCAGGCAAACGGCGGAUGGGUGUGGUUCUCCAUUAUUGUGGUCUUGUUCCUGCAAGUGACCGCACGAACCUUUACUCUUCCCACCUCCAUCAUCCUUCUAAACAACUGCUCUCCGCACCCGUCCGUGCUCGGCACCAUCCACGGCAUCGGCCAGUCUGUGUCCUCGGCGUUCCGUACCAUUGGACCGAUCUUUUCCGGAUCAUGGUACGGCUACGGUCUGGAGAUGGGCAUGGUCGGAUUUGCCUGGUGGCUGAUUGCAUUGGUGUCGGUAUUUGGCUGUGUCGCAGCCAUUUUUGUCUACGAGGGUUCCGGACAUGAAGUCUUCCUUCCAGGCGAGGAAGAAGAGCGGGACUGAUUAAUCUUGCUUGUUUUUUCAUUUCAUUAUUUUCAUCUCAUACUUCACUGCACAGGCGUUUGAAUUGCUUCUUGUACAUAUAUAUAAUGGACCCAUUGCAUAGCGGUGUCCGGACGUGUGCUUUGGAUUGUUACUGGUUUCUGGGAUUGUGAGCGGUU